CUUUCUGAUCAACAAGAUAAAUGCAUAAAAUCAAAUUAAAAAAGAAAAAAAGAAGAAAAAAAAUGGCGGGUGAUCUGGCUCUCCCACUGAUCGAUCUCGUCUCUCCCGAUCUCGCCUCCACCGCCAAAUCCAUUCGCAAGGCAUGCGUCGAUUAUGGUUUCUUCUACCUCGUCAAUCAUGGAAUCGAGGAGUCGUUUUUCCAACAAGUGUUCAAUGAAAGCAAGAAGUUCUUCUCGUUGCCACUCGACCAGAAGAUGAAGCUCAAAACAAGGAAGGAUAACAGGGGUUACAAUCCACUGCCUUCUGUAACCCUAGAUUCUCCACCAAAAGUUAAAGGGGCGACGUACGUGAGGGUUUAUUACAUCAGUUCCUCCAAAAUCAGCCAUUCACAGUUCGAUGCAAAUCAAUGGCCUCCAGAAGAACUUUUGCCAUGUUGGAAAGCCAUGAUGGAAUCUUAUUAUGAAAAAAUGCUGGCUGUGAGCAAAAAAUUAAUAUCCUUGAUGGCAUUGUCUUUGGGUCUUGAUGAUCUUUUUUUUGAGAAAAUCGGAGCACUGCAUGAACCCUUGGCAUGUGUUCGACUUUUGCAUUAUCCAGUAUCCUUGUUUUCUACUUUUAUGUUCUGGGCAAAAUGUUUUGAAGAGAGUUGUGGGAGGUUAGGUGUGUCUGCCCAUUCAGACUUUGGAAUGGUUACACUUCUAUUAACUGAUGGCGUCCGUGGUCUUCAGAUUUGCAGGGAUAAGGACAGUAGCCCUCAGCUAUGGGAAGAUGUACCUCAUGUUCAUGGGGCUUUGGUUGUUAAUGUUGGGGACAUGUUGGAGAGGUGGACUAAUUGCUUAUUCCGAUCAACAUUGCACAGAGUCUUGACAACUGAACAAGAGCGCUACUCUGUUGCUUUCUUCCUAGACGGAGACCCUGCUUGCAUGAUUGAGUGUUUGGAGAGUUGUUGCAGCAAGGAAAAUCCUCCAAGGUUUUCAGCUAUCCAAUGUGCUGACUAUCUGCAAGGCCAUAUUUCUGCUGAGUUAUAUAACUUAGGGCUAAAUUAAGAGGUUAGAACUUUGAACAUAACUGAACCAGUAUCACCUCUGUCUUUCACCAAGUUCUGUAUCUCCUUUCAUGUACUGUGGCAACUGCUUUUUUUUUCUUCACAAAUUUAGCCAGGGAUAAAUUGUGUGUGCUCA